CAUCGUGUUACCAGAAGCCGUGUCGUAAUAUUUGCCCGAAAGGAAAUAAUAUUAACGUAAAUUAUGUCUAAGUAAAAUUUAAAUUGUUUAAAAAAAAAUGUAAUUCUCAAAAUGUACAAGUAUAUUACUCAUUGAAUUCCACGCAAAUAAAUUAUCAAGUUAUCAGACGUUCAAAGAUCAUAUCACAGUGUAUAACCUGUACCUGGUAUAAUAUUGUGGAACCUUUCGAUGUGACGCGCGACGUUAUUAGUUUGGGAAAAAACAAUAAACAUGCAGGGGCUUAAGAGUCCGUGUGGAUCCAUGUUUGGACAGGAUUACAGGAACCAUGGAAAGUUUUGUAGUUGCGGACGUAUUAUUUGCACAGCCAAUUCUUGCGAAACCCGAUAUAUCCCGUGUUUCAAGAACAACGAGGAAAGUGAGUUUGAGCUGACUGGGGAUAAAAUUUCUUGCGAAUUUAAAUCGCCUUGCAAAAGUAUAGAGGAUGCCAGUUGCAUGGUAAGUCGUUCGCUGAAUAUCGAACCUGCGGAAUACGUUUGUAAAAAGUCAUUGGAAUCGAGGUCUGGAUGUAGUGAACGUACGUGUGCGAAUUCCGAUGAAUCAGAACAUCAAGGAAUCUGCGAAAAUAAUCGGAACGACGAGUCUAAUUUGAAAAUUUCAACGCUCGACCAAACCGCUUUUCAAUGUUCGUCCUCGUAUACGGAAGACGACAUAAAGGAAUUUGCAAGAAUCAUUGAAGAGAAACUGAAUGAAGAAUUGGCACGUAAUACUAUGACAAACGUUUCAGAACCGAGUCGAUCCACGAUGAAUGAACUUUGUUAUUUAUGUGGGCGAGGUGAUAUCGACCACUCUGAUAUAUGUUCAACGAUAUCUGGCGGCCAUGAUACUUAUCACUUUGGAGUAUUUUCGGACUUGGAGUCUCAAGAAGUUUGUGAAUCCGCUGAGGGUCUUGAGUGUCAAAUGCAACCGGAAGUAACUGACAGUCCUGUUUGUGCACACGUCGAAAGUGUAGAUGAAAAAGAAGUGGAUCAUAUCGAAAAGUCGAUUUGCGAACAGAUCGUCAAAAUUUGCAAACGUCGACAGCCUGUCUUACUUGAUCAUCAGGAAAACUAUAUACUGCACCCCACUUUCUCUCUGUCGAGCUUAAAACCCUUCAAGAUUGGCGACGUUGGGGUUUCCCAUGAAAUCAGCAAAUGGGGAAAAUGUCACGACAUCGUUGAUAAAGUUUUAUAUCAACGGGACGUCAGGUUGAGUGAGAUGGUGAAACUGUUGAAGGAGACGUCCUCCGCAGAUAAAAAUGGCACCUGCGUGCAUUUCCUUAAAAAUAUGGAAGGCUAUCUGUUGACUAAUCUACAUAAAUAUGACGAAUCGUAUAGUCAGAUAGAAAAGUGUUGCAAAAGAGAUGACGAAAGAAAUGGGAAAAAUAUUUGCAAUGCUUGGUCCCACGUUUGUCGUGUACGAAGCGACGAUGUUUGUGUAACUGGGGAUAAUUUUGAUGAUUUGAAUAGAUUCAAAGAUAUACUCGAGUAUGGAUGUGCACAGCUUUGUCGCAGACUCGUUGAAUGGUUUAGUGAAUGUUGUAUUAUUGAAAAAAUAUUUUUAUUAGAUUAUCAACUUAUUUAUUUAUACAGGUGUCAUAGGUUAUCUAAAACUUGGAAUUUUAUACGAGAACAUCCCCACGUUGUCGUUCAUCUACCUUCCCUUGGUUAUCCUGAUGAUCUGAUAAACAGGGCCGGAAGUGCAUUCGAUUUGGUGCAAAAUAUACAAGUGAGUCGUAUCGCUUGGCUGGAAAAUGAAAACUGUCAAGUGUUAUACGUAUGCCCGAGUAUCGAAAGACCGGAUAUCAUUGAGAUAUUGUAUAAUUUGAUAAAAAAUGUUCGACCUGACAUUUCUACCUCAAGACUUUGGAUAGUUCCAAUACAAGAGGAAUAUUCCAAUAGACAUACAAAAAAGAAGUUUAAAAGUGGAAGCGACAAUCUUUUUUGUUCACCUCGAAGUUAUCGAAAAGUACGAUAUUUAACUGCUGGCCGACGAGCUUUUUUAUUGCCUGGUUUAAUGCAAGAAGUCGAUGUCUGUAUCGCCUGUGAAUUGAGAAUGCCCGUAAUGGGAGCAGCGGUGAAGUUUCAGAGAUACUUUUCAAAUAAAAGUAACGUGGCGCAAUUUUUAAUGGAAAAUGGAUUUGGUCAACCACCUUUUGUAACUGGUAUCAAUAACUUUCAUGAGCUAUGUAAAGGUUUGGCUUCUACGAUGUUGGCUUUUCCAUCCCAGAAGAAAUGGUUGGUCAAGAUCAACAUUGGCUUUAACGGAUAUCAAACGGCCGUGUUAAAUUUUAACAAGGGUCCGGUCAGCCGUGCAAUAAAAGUCAAAAAACAUAUGUACAACUACGAUGAGGAAGAUUUAACAUGCUUACUAAUUAAGCACCUGCCAACGGAAUUACAACUAAAUAAACGGAUAUACAAGAAUUACCAAGAAUUUAUAAAUGAUCUGGAGACUUAUGGUGGUAUAGUACAAGGCUGUCCAGCAAACAAGUAUCAUGGAGUUAGUCUUGGAGUAUUCAUCGAACACGAUACAGCAUUACCAGUCCUGAAAGGAACUGCAGACGUGAUCCAGUUAAAGUCAGACAUGACGACUGACAUUGGCUACAGCAUUCCCCAGUCAACAAUUUCUCUUGAUAUUCUUGAAACAUUGGCCAUCAACGUUGGAAAGGCUUUACAGAAUGAACAAUUGAUGGGAUACUUUGGAUUGGAUGUGAUAAUUUUCACGAAUCAGUGCAAUAUACAAGAAGUAUGGAUAGUGGAUAUAGAUCCUUACUAUACAGACUUAUUGGGAUAUACGGAUUGGAUAAAGUUUUGUUUAGGAAAUUGCAAGUGCUGCUGCGUCAGCAGGAAAAAUGAAGCUGAGAAAUUGAAUAAAGAAAUGAGCGCAGGACCAAUAAAUGGAGGAAGGAUGAAAUUAAUUUCAAAAGAAAAAGAAGGAAGAUAUACGGUAUGCAGUGGAAAAUUAUAUAGCGAUGGAUUGAGAAAAUAUUGUACCCCGACGCUCGUAAGGCUUUGCAGGCAGCACCAAGUUUUUUAUGAUCACAAGACAAAACGUGGAUGCAUUGUAUAUCCUACUGAUUCCGAAAGACGUGCUAUCAGUGUAAUCUCGAUAUAUCCUAGCAGAGAAAUGGCAAUGAGGAAAUUUAUAGAGGCUUUAAGGACACUGCAUGAGGUAUCUCGUGAGAAGAAUAAUGGCGGAAUCGAAGCUAAUAUCCUUGAACUUGCACGGGACUUGGAGAAGGAAUUUGGUGUAGUUUAAUAAAUGGGAUAAAAUAUUUCGAAUUGUUCAAUAAAAACAAUUUCGUGUCAACCGCAUGAAAUCACCUUUAUCUACCACGUUGGUAAUCGAUUGAAUUUUAUGUAACGCCACAAACCACCUACAGAAAUGAAUCUGUGGCUACGAUUUCGAAUUUAUUAAAAGUGAAUUUAUUAAAACUGAAUUGCAGUUCAAUUGUUUGUCACCGGAAAUAAAUCAAUAAAUUCGCUACUAGACAGUA